UUUCAUCAAAAUCGUCUCAAAAAUUGUUGCAAUUCUUGUUACCAUUGUUGACUUGUUAAUGUACGGUAUAUAGGUGGAAUUCGACUGAAAUGUGGGAGAAAUUAAGAGGGAAAAGACUAAUGUUUGUAGGCGAUUCACUGAAUAGAGGACAAUGGUUAUCGAUGGUAUGUCUAAUGCAAUCUGUUAUUCCGGCUGAGAAGCAGUUCAUGACACAACAAGAUCACCUCACCAGUUUUAGAGCAGAGGAAUACAAUGCCAGCAUAGAGUUCCUUUGGGCACCAUUUCUUGUCGAAUCAAAUUCUGAUGAGCCAAUGGGUCACAGAUUGCCUGAGAAAAUACUGCGUCCUGACUCAAAUCUUAGGCAUUCAUCGCGUUGGAUUCAUGCUGAUAUAUUGGUCUUUAAUUCAUAUAUUUGGUGGAGAAAGGGCUCUGUUAAGCUAUUAUGGAGCUCAGAAGAAAAUGGAGUUUGCGAAGAAAUAGAUGGAUUGAGCGGCAUGGAGUUGGCCAUGGACGCCUGGGCCAAUUGGGUAGAAUCCAAUGUUGAUCCCAUGAAGAAGGUCUUUUUCGUUACGAUGUCUCCUACACAUUUAUUGAAACAAGAAUGGGAACCAGGAAAAAGAGGAAACUGUUAUGGCGAGAAGCUCCCAAUAAAGAACCAAACCAGGGAAACUAACCUCGACUUGCCCACAACGCUGAUGAUGGAAAAAGUACUAGCUAGGCUGAGCUCAAAGGUCACUGUUCUCAACAUCACUCGCCUUACAGCACACAGGAAAGAUGGCCAUCCUAGUAUUUAUCGCAAAUUUUAUGGUAUACUCUCCCCUGAGGAAUUAGCAAACCCUGCAAGUUACUCGGAUUGCAUCCACUGGUGCUUGCCAGGGGUGUCUGAUGUAUGGAAUGAGCUGCUAUUUCAAUUUUUUUGACACGGAGGCUUAGCCCGAUGAGUAAGCGAAGAAUACUACUGCACCCACGAGUACUAUUUUGUGGCAGUUGGUGCAAAUAUGUGAGUGUGACCGAUAAUACUACAUACAUCUGCAACAGGACUUGUUGUAUCUUGUCACGACCCUA